UAUCACAAUGAACCAACCCCGACCUUUCCGACCUCAACACCACUGGAAUACUCCCUNUUUUCACCCUCCAAAGCCGCAGAACAGCAACGAUUAGCCAAAGACUGGACCUACAUACACCAGUUUCUGCGUCCAAAAUAUCCUGCUCCACAAAAAGUGCCCAAGUUUGAAGAGAACGAGGAGACUUUAAGGGUGUUGUUAGCGUUAGCUGCUGCGAAUGAAAAGGCGGAUGAAGGGUGGGGAAUGGUGUGUCGCGUCGAGGAGAUGGGGGUUAAGGAGUUGGAGGAGCUGGANAGAAGAGCUGAUACAUCAAUUUCGCAUAUACAGGGAAAACAAGAUGCGACAACUACACUCAACAACAACCUCACAACAUCCCUCCAGACCUCUCUUUCUGCACACGGAACCUCAGAUCUCAUAGCUCAAGCAACAACAGCUGUGACUCUAAACACCCCCACAACUUCUGCAACCACACUAGCAACAACCCUCCUCAGCCUCUCAACAACACUCUCCCACCUCCAAACCCAAAUCGCCGCAACCACAUCACUGCAAUCCUCUCUCCGAUCCCAUCACNNUCCUCCCUUGAAACAGAACUCAAAGACCUCCUCUCCCCUCCCCUUCCAAACAGAAAAAAACCUACCCCAAAGAACCGCAGAACUCACCCGCCAAACCAAACUCCUCAAAGCCAAAGUCAGCGAAUACGAUGAAAGACUACGAAACGCUUCUGGAGCAGAGAUACCAGAAGCUUUGCUGAGCGAGGUGGAGACUGCGAAAAGGGGGUUGGAGGCGGUGGUGCAGAGGGUCAAGGAUGUAGAGGAUAGGAUUGAGGAGUUUGAGGGUGUACCGCCGGAGGCUAGGGAGGUGAGAAGGAUGAUGCAGGACUUGAGGGCAGAGUUGGAGGGGUGGGUUAGAAGGAGAGAUGAGAUGUUUGAGGGGUUGGUGGGUGGGAGGAGAUGA